AUGGCUUCCUGUGCUUUACUUCAUACUCGUGAUCUUAAGUCCGCCGCUGGCCUUGGCUCGCAGGUGGCCAUCAAGCGAGUGUCCCGGGAGCGCAUCUCGGAGUGGGCGCAGCUGCGCAAGGGCGCCCUUUUGCCCCUGGAACCGGCGCUGCUGUGGAAGGUGUCGCAGCCUGGCUUCCGCGGCAUCGUGCAGCUCCUGGACCAGUUCGAGGUGCCCGAGGGCUUCGUGCUGCUCAUGGAGCGUCCGCAGCGCUGUCAGGACCUCUGGUACUUCCUGCACGAGCGGCGGUUCCUGACGGAGCCCGUCGCGUGGGGUCUGCUCCGCCAGGUGCCGGAGGCCGUGCGGCGCUGCAGCAGGUGCGGCGUCCUGCACUGCCACAUCAAGGCUGAGAACCUCCUCGACCUGGCUACAGGUGAGGCAAAGCUCAUCAACUUUGGCUGCAGCACGAUCCUCCAGGACACGUUCUACACCCGGAUGUCAGGAACGCCGGAGUACAGCCCACCGGAGUGGAUCCUUUUUGGCUGCUCCCAUGGCCAGCCAGCCACCAUCUGGCCCCUGGGUAUCCUGCUCUAUGAGCUGGUCUGAGGGCACCUUCCUUUCCCCACCAACGAGGACAUUGUCCGGGGCCAGCUCUUCUUCCCGCCACAGGUGUCUCAAGAAGGCCAGCACCUCAUCAGGUGGUGUAUCUGCAUGGGCCUCACAGACAGGCCAUCACUGGAGGACCUUUUUGAGCAUUCUUGGCUGCAGGAGCCCUUCCUGUACCAGGAGACAGCAGAGAUGCAUCCCUGUGCACAGAGGAUUACACCUGGUGCCCAGAUGGGGAAGCACCUGCAGCGUCUGUGGAGCGCGUCCAGUGCCAGCGCUGCCCCAGGGGCCACGGUCUGCGGGGACAGCCCCUUCCAGAAGGAUGAGGACCUGGAUUUGGGGCACAGGCACAACCUGUCAGGUUAUUCAGAGGACAGCGAGGAAGACUGUCGGCCUUCCUCCAAGAAGAGCACCAAAGAGCCAGAAGCCCCCUUAGCCCCAGGGGGAGCAUGCGCUGUGUGUGUGUGGUGA